GAUUCAGACUUAAUUAUCUUGUCUUUUCAGCAGCUGAGUUCAAGGCUCAAGCGGAGAACACGUAGCUUCAGAGGCAGAAGGAAUCGAAGGUGCUCCCCAGCUUUGGACGCUUCCUCUGCUUGAGAUGCGUACAAAGGCAGCCCAAGUCCUCUGGGGAUGUUUCUUCCUGUGGGAUCUCUACAUCUCAUCUGCCCAGACUGUUUACCCUGGAAUCAAGGCCAGGGUUACUCAGCGGGCUCUGGACUAUGGCGUUCUAGCCGGGGUGGAGAUGAUUGAGCAAAUGGUUAUGGAAAAAAAUAUCCCAGACCUAAAAGGUUCUGAAUCUCUGGAAUUUCUGAAGGUUGAUUAUGUGAACUACAAUUUUUCAAACAUAAAAAUCAAUGUCUUUUCAUUUCCAAAUACUUCAUUAGCCUUUGUGCCUGGGGUGGGAAUCAAGGCCCUGACCAACCACGGCACUGCCAACAUCAGCACCAACUGGGAAAUCAAGUCUCCGCUCUUUCAAGACACAGGAGGAGCCAAUCUGUUUCUCUCUGGGGUCUACUUCACCGGUAUCAUUGUCCUGGCCCUCAAUGACUUUGGUCACCCAAUCCUGAAGCUCCAAGACUGCUACGCCCAAGUGAGCCAUGCCCAUGUGUCAUUUUCGGGAGAACUCAGUGUCCUGUACAACUCCUUUGCUGAGCCCAUGGAGAAACCUAUUUUAAAGAACUUAAAUGAAAUGCUCUGUCCCAUUAUCAUGAGUGAGGUGGAAGCCCUGAAUGCCAAUCUCAGCAUGGUAGAAGUUUUAACCAAGAUUGACAACUAUAUUCUGCUGGAUUAUUCCCUGAUCAGUUCUCCAGAAAUCACUGAGAAUUAUAUGGAGCUGAAUUUGAAGGGCGUAUUCUACCCACUGGACAACCUCACCGAUCCCCCCUUCUUGCCAGUUCCUUUUGCGCUGCCAGAACGCCAUGACUCUAUGCUCUAUGUUGGAAUCUCUGAGUUUUUCUUUAAAUCCGCGUCCUUUGCUUACUUUACAUCUGGGGCCUUUAACGUCACUCUCUCCAUGAAAGAGAUUUCCAACCAUUUGGUUCAAAACUCUCAAGGCCUUGGCAACGUGCUCUCCCGGAUUGCAGAGAUCUACAUCUUGUCCCAGCCCUUCAUGGUACGGGUCAUGGCAACGGAGCCCCCUGUGAUCAGCUUGCAGCCGGAUAGCUUCACCCUGGACAUCCCUGCCUCCAUGGUGCUCCUCGCCCAGACCGAGAACUCGACCGCUGAAGCCAUCGUGUCCAUGGACUUUGUUGCUAGUACCAGUGUUGGCCUGGUUAUUUUGGGACAAAGACUGGUCUGCUCAUUAUCUCUGAACAGAUUCCGCCUCUCUUUGCCAGAGUCCAAUCGCAGCAAUAUUGAGGUCUUGAGAUUUGAGAAUAUUCUGUCCUCUAUUCUCCACUUUGGAAUCCUCCCACUGGCCAACGCAAAAUUGCAGCAAGGAAUUCCUCUGCCCAACCCACACAAAAUCUCAUUUGUCAAUUCAGAUAUUGAAGUUUUUGAGGGAUUCCUUUUGAUUUCCACCGACCUGAAGUAUGAAACAUCCUUAAAGCAGCAGCUAAGUUUCCAUGGUUGGGAAGGUCUGAACCUCAUAAGUGGACAGUGGAGGGGGAAGCCAGUCGCCUGAUUGCCUGUUUGGAGUCGACUCCAGGAAGUAAAUGGCCCUUAAUCCACAGCUACUGUAAGCCCAGAGGGGAAGACAGUGCACACUGGAUUGUAAAGCCCUUGUGAAGUGCUUAGGCUGACAGUUUUCUUUCUCAAGCCCUCAGGGUCGGAGGGAGGCAAACUGAGUUAAAGAGCUAAAUCAGGGUGUGUGUCUGUGUGUGUGGAGGGGUAGGCAUUUCAAUGUGUGUUCGUGUUCGAAUGCACAUUGUGUGUUCCUGUGUUUAUAAGGUGCUGGGGCCGAGAGCUAGCCAUGUGCCUCUGAGGAGGUGCAUGAGAAACUCCGAAGUACAGAUUUGCAUGAGUUCUUGCUGGAGGAGCUCCCUUUAGCUCUCUCUGCAGCCCAGGGUUUUCCCCACUUCCCCGCAUAUUAGAUUUUAUGUUUUAUAUUUACUGAUACUGUCCCCUGUAUUUAAUUAAACCUGUUUUCUAUUAAUGUCAACCUUGUCUUUUUAUUUGAGAAAUUCUCUGCCCUGGAUUUUUUUUAAUAAAAUAAGACAAAGAUGAGAGAAUUUAGCCUCUUUAAAUUGACAAAAAGUGAAGGUGAGCGGACUUCAAGGCUUGAUUUAAAAAGGGAAUACCUUGGGGCACCUGGGUGGCUCAGUUGUUAAGCAUCUGCCUUUGGCUCAGGUCAUGGUC